AGCUGCCCGCCCCGCUGUGGGAGCGGCACUCCUCCCGGGGCAGCGGCCGGAGCUCCCGCCUGCUUUCCCCGCCUCCUCUACCGCUGCCUCCGAGCCGUCCCUCAGUCGAUCUCUCGCCUCGCAGGUAUCCGGAGCGGGCGGGGCUGGCGCUGCUCGGAGCCGGGCGGGCGGGCGCCAUGAAGCGCUCUCUGUGGCGGCUGUGCCAGUCGCGGGAGAAGGCGGCCGCAUCCAGCGCCUACCAGGGAGUCGUCUGCGAGGCCGAUGCCGCUUCCGUCGCCUCGCAGGAUGUCUUCAAGGUGAUUUCAGAUGGAAGCGCCUGUAGGCUGCGAAGCUUCAUUAAGAAGAACCGUUCUGGACUCACCAAAGUGGAUGAAUUAAAUGCAACCCCACUGCAUCAUGCUGCUGAAGGAGGCCAGAUAGAAUUAAUGCAGUUGAUUAUAGAAGAUUCUUCCUCUGAAGUAUUAAAUGUGAUGGAUUCUUCUGGAAAUACCCCACUGCACUGGGCUACAAGGAAAAACCAGGUUGAAAGUGUUAGUUUACUUCUCAGUAGAGGAGCCAACCCAAACAUUCUCAACACCAAUAUGAUGGCACCAUUGCAUAUGGCUAUACAGUCCCUGCAUAAUGAAAUUGUCAAGAUUUUGGUCCAGCAUAGCAGUACCGACGUUAAUUUGGAAGGUGAAGCAGGAAACACACCUAUAAUAGUAGCAUGUUAUAAGGACAAUCCUGAAGCACUAACACUCCUGAUUGAAAAUGGAGGAAAAAUAUGUAAGCCAAACAAAACAGGAUGCAUGCCUAUCCAUGCCGCUGCAUUUUCAGGCGCAAAAACAUGUAUGGAAAUCCUUUUAAAAAAGGUUUUUGUAACAGUAUCUACAGCUUCAGAUAUUAAAGCUCUACCGAUGUCAAAAACGUUAUCUUUUCUUUCAGUUCGGAUGCAUGAGAUCCAGCCAGAAAAAGGAAGUUACUUUGGAGGAUGA